ACGUUGGUGCUCAGGAGGGACUAGCACAGCUUGACAAGAUCACUACAUUGCCAGGCCAACCAGCAGGUGUUGAUUUUAAUCAGUAUUCGGGAUAUGUUACAGUCAAUCCAAGUGCUGGCAGGGCUCUCUUCUAUUAUUUUGUUGAGUCUCCCACCGAUUCUUCAACCAAGCCAUUGGUUUUGUGGCUAAACGGAGGACCAGGAUGUUCUUCAAUGAUCGGAGCCAUGUCAGAACUAGGACCAUUUAGAAUAAACAGUGAUGGGAAAACUCUCUUCAGAAAUAACUAUGCAUGGACCAACGUUGCAAAUAUGCUGUUUCUGGAGUCCCCGGCGGGAGUUGGCUUCUCAUAUUCGAACACAACUUCUGAUUAUGACAAUGCUGGCGACAAGAACACUGCGGAUGAUGCUUACAUUUUUAUUGUUAACUGGCUCGAGAGAUUUCCUCAGUACAAAACUCGUGAUUUUUACAUUACUGGAGAAAGCUACGCCGGACAUUAUGUACCUCAACUUGCUUAUACCAUCCUUCUUAACAACAAGAAAACAAACCAGACUAUCAUCAAUAUCAAAGGGAUUGCUAUAGGAAAUGCGUGGAUCGAUGAUGAAACAAGUGAGAAAGGUAUGUAUGAUUAUUGGUGGAGUCAUGCUAUAAAUUCAGAUGCGACUCAUGAUGCCAUUUACAAAUACUGCAACUUUGUGAACGAUUCUUCAACUGGCAUGUGCCAAGAUAGUACCGACAAAGCAUGGGAUGAGAUGGGAAAUAUCGAUAUAUACAAUAUUUAUGCGCCGAUUUGCUUGAACCCUGAUCAAAGAAAUGCCUCUGGAACUGGUUCCAUUAAUGUUUUUGAUCCAUGCUGGCAAUAUCUCCUUAUAUCCUAUCUCAAUGACUCCAGUGUGCAAGAGGCAUUUCACGUAAGACCUACAUCAUGGGAUGUAUGCAGUGAUGUUCUCACACGAUGGAAUGACAGUGCGGUUACCAUCCUGCCCAUAAUAAAGUAUCUGAUUGCAAACGGCCAACGACUAUGGGUUUUCAGUGGGGAUACAGAUGCUCGGGUUCCGAUUACUUCUUCUAGGUACUCAAUCAACACCCUCAAUCUCCCGAUCGAGACUGCUUGGCGGCCAUGGUACCUCAACAAGGAGGUUGGAGGGUAUUUGGAGGCAUACAAAGGACUGCUUCUGAUAACCGUUAGGGGUGCAGGCCAUACAGUCCCAAGCUACCAGCCGCAGCGAGCAUUGGCCUUGUUCUCGUCGUUCCUUGGAGGGACACUCCCUCCUCCCUCUUAA